AAAAAUUCCCUCUCACAAGUUGUAUUUCCACAGAACUUGAUGGGAAACACUGGGUUAAUUAUGGCUCUUAUGAUGGCGGUGCUGUUGCUUCAUUUUGUCGUUUCAUUCUCUACCAAAACAACUGAUAUCAACACAGAUCGGUCGACUCUUCUUGCACUGAAAGCCCAUGUUAGUGAUCCUCGAAAUUUUUUGACAACCAAUUGGUCUGUUGAUAUCUCGAUUUGUAAUUGGGUCGGUGUCACCUGUGAAUCUCGUAAUCAAAGAGUCAUAGCUCUCGAUCUUUUUAACAUGAGUCUCUCUGGCACCAUACCACCUGACAUGGGAAAUCUAUCUUUUCUUACUCGGCUCAAUAUCGGGUACAACAAUUUUCAAGAUCUAUUACCGGUCCAGUUGACUAAUUUGUAUCGAUUGAAAUUUAUCAGCAUGUCUGAUAACAAUUUCCACGGAGAAAUCUCAUCAUGGGUUGGUUACUUCCCUGAGCUUCAGUAUUUGUCUUUGAGCAAUAACAGUUUCACCGGUCCUAUCCCAUCUGAUAUGUGUGAUCGUCUACCCACACUGAAAGAGCUUUAUUUGUCUGACAACAAGCUUUCUGGGAAAAUUCCAAUAGGUUUAUUCAAGUGCAAAGGGAACUCGAUGCUUAGGACUCUAGAUCUCCGCCGCAACCAGAUCCAAGGUGUAAUCCCACAGCAAAUUAGUAAUCUAACAGGUCUGAAAGUUCUAUAUUUAUCCCAUAACUUUUUAACAGGACAUAUUCCAGUUACCUUGGGCAAUCUAAGAGAUCUAGAAUUGCUGGACCUAUCGGAAAAUGAUUUAAGUGGAACACUUUCAUCCUCGGAAAGGAGCUUCCUGUCAUCAUUAGCUAAUUGUAGUGGGUUGACAACCUUGGCAUUUGGAAGUAAUCCAUUAAUCAGUGGUUACCUUCCGCCUUCUAUAGCAAAUCUCUCGGUUUCUCUUCAAUAUUUCGAUGCUUCGAGUUGCAGCAUUAGUGGUAGCAUUCCAGGGGAAAUUGGUAACUGGAAUGUUGCUACAUAUCUGGAUUUUUCUGGAAAUCAUUUUUCAGGUGCAAUCUCAGACAGAGUUUGUAAGCGGAAUAAUGAUUUGAGAUAUCUUGCCGUUAAUGACAACCAAUUGGAAGGAACAUUACCGUUGUCUUUAACUAAUUGCAGUGAAAUAGUAUUUUUGAAUGUUGCAGACAACAAUCUAAGCGAUACAUUUCCUCAUUGGUUAGGUAUUCUUCCACAGCUUCGAGUUCUUAUUUUGAGAUCUAAUAGAUUUCACGGUUCCAUUCAAAGUUACAUAGCCACAUCUUCUUUCUCCAAAUUGCAAAUUAUUGAUCUCUCUCAUAAUGACUUCACUGGCCUAUUGCCAACCAAUUUCUUCCAAAAUCUCAUGGCUAUGAAAGAAGCUGAAUACGUAGACAAUGGUAAUUGGUACUCCCUUGUUGUUAAUUUAACUAUUAAAGGCUUGGAGCUAGAGUUUACGCUAAAAGUACGUAUGCCCUUAUUAACAUGCAUAGAUUUGUCGAUGAAUGGAUUCCAUGGAGAAAUUCCUAAGGUAGUUGGAGAGCUUAGAUUGCUUCAAGCACUCAAUCUCUCUCAUAACAGCCUGACUGGUCCUAUCCCACCGUCAUUUGGGACUUUGGCAGCACUUGAAUCAAUAGAUCUCUCAUUUAACAGGCUGAGUGGCAGAAUCCCUUCCCAAUUGACAAAUUUGACAUUUCUUCAAGUGUUAAGGUUUUGGAACAAUAAUCUUGUGGGGCCCAUUCCCCAUGGGAAGCAAUUUGAUACAUUUGAAAACGACUCUUAUCGAGGAAACUUGGGUUUGUGUGGAUUCCCAUUAUCAAAAGAAUGUAACAAUGAUGAAAUAGCAGAACCAGCACAAGAUGAGGAAGAUAAUGGUAAUGGUAAUGGAAAUGGAAAUGGAAUAGCUUUUAUUUGGAAAGUUGCAAUGAUGGGGUAUGGAUCUGGAAUGGUAUUAGGAAUUAGCAUAGGAUACAUUGUAUUCACGACAGGAAGACCGCGGUGGCUUGUAAGAAAGAUUGAGAGAGAUUUGCAAAACAAAGUUUCAAGCUGGUUUGGGAAGAAAAGUAAGUAGUCCUGCAAAUCCAUCUUUAUAUGAAUGAGUCCGAGAAAAGAUGAAGUUCCUCAGCUUGUACAAGAGCAAGGUGUAUGUAUGUAAUGCAUCCAUAGCAGCUUCUCUCCAUGGAAUGCAAUCAGUUCUGUACCGGUAGAUGUAUUGUUCCGUAUUCAUGGGUGUUUGUGGCUUGUAAGAAUGGUUGAGAGAGAUAUGCAAAACAAAGUUUGAAGCUGGUUUGGGAAGAAAAGAAAGGAGUCCUGCAAAUCCAUCUUCAUUAUGUAACUUCCGAGAUGAGUCUAAGAAAAGAUGAAGUUCCACAACCUUUAUAAGAGCGAGCUGACAUGUAUGUUCUGCAUCCAUAGCUGCUUCUCUUCAUGGAAUGUUCUGGCUGGUAGCUUGCUCCAGUUUUUCAAAAUUUUUCCAAAGUUUUUCAGCUUUCAUGGUCUGGAAUUUUGACAAUUUGUCAAAAAGUUUGUUUUAAAGUGUAGAAAUAAAUUGCAACACCCCCUAUAAGCAGUUCUCUGUUUUGGAUUGGUGUUUGUUUGCAAAA